AUGAUCAUCGCCAAUCACCAUCCUGCGACUGUGGUCAAGUCAGGUUAUCUGGCUCCCUUCGCCAAUUUCGUCCCCUUAUCUCAACUCAGUCGGGACCCUUAUGCAUGGUUCUACAGACCUAGCCAUGCUCCCUCUGCCAUCGCCUCUUCCUCGAACCCCUCCGCUACCUUUGACGCAAUACUGGACCGAUUUCGCGAGGUCGACACGCAGGCAGAUCAGCGGGCGGAGGAGAUGAAAGCGCAACUCCAAAUGGAUUUGGCGAAGAUUGGACGCUACCGCGAAAGCGAUGACGAUUCUUCGUUGGGUUACUACUGCACGACGACCCCCUCUUCUCUGGGGGAGGCAAGUGCUGGUCUUCUCUCAGCAGACUUGCAGCGGACGGGGAGCGACUCGGGGCGGACGGACGGAACAGCGGAUACCCAGACAUACGAGGAUGCCAGCGAGCACCAGAGCUCCGCCGUAGGUCACUCGUACACGUCUCAAGGCGGUGGCAAUGAUGACUUGCACGACGCCAAGCAGUCCUGGGCAGAUGACAACCCGCCUCCGACUCAAGCUGCACCAGGUCAGGAUCGAACCACCAACCCCUCUUCCGACCCCAAGUCCGUGCUCGGCAACUUCUGCUCCUAUCUCCAGAGCGGCUACACCUGGAUCUCCCAGCACCCCUACACCGCAGUCACCGGCCUAGCCAUUGCCACCGCCGCUACCGUCGCCGCCACCGCUUACAGUUCUUACUGUCCCUCCGGAUUUGCAUCAGGGUGGCAAAGUCAGCUUGCGGGGUAUCUACCUUCGGGUGCUGUGUUGACCGGGGAAGGCGGGACUACAGCUGCGAUGAGAAGCGCAGCAGGGACUGCACAGGGAGUAGCGAGGAGCGCAUGGGACACGGCGGCGAGCUACUGGAGGUGA